AUGGACCGCUCCGGGGUGGCCUCUGCGGCCAAGCCGCUUCUGCCGAAAUCUGCCAAGGGUGGAAAGGCCUUGCCGCAGGACAAAGGAUGGACUUCCUUCAGCGAAGGCGCGGCGGGGGCGUCGCUGGCAUUGCUGGUGUCAGCAGCCAUUGGCACAGGUGUGCUUGCGCUGCCCUACGGCGUGAGCCGUGUGGGAGUUCUGCCUUCGAUCGGGCUUUUCGCAGUGGCGGGGGCGGCCACCUACGCCUCGAACACCAUCUUAUUCGAUUGCGUUUCGGAGACCGGACAUGGCUCCUAUGGGCAGUUGAUGUCUGACAUCUUGGGGAAGUAUGGGGCAAUGGUGUUGGACAUCUUUGUUUUUGUGGAGGGCUUGGGCGCUGUGGCCACGUACCUGGUCUUCAUCAUGGACUACGUGCCUCAGGUGUGCCAGCUCUGGGGGGAUGACUACUGGUGCACUGACCAGAUGAAUGUCGCCUGGGCGGCCACUGCCAUCAUUUGGCCUUUGAGCUGCCUCAAGGGCCUCUCCGCUUUGCGCUACACCUCCACCUGCAGCAUCGGCACCAUCAUCCUCACCUCCCUGGUGGUGAUCUUCAAGGCGCCCAGCCACUUCAGCAGCAAAGGCCUGUCGCUGAGUCAUGUCAUCGCGGAAAGCCACUGGAACAAGUCCAGCUUCCAGGUGCUAUCCAUGGCUUGCUUCGCCUUCAUGACUCACACGAACUCCCCGGAGAUCGCGCUGCGCUUCAGCGGCGGCGCCGCGAGCGCCCGGAAGGUGCUGUCGGCGCAGACCAUACUUCUUUGGUUCGUGUACUGUGCUAUCGCGGUGUGUGGAUAUAUGUCCUUCCUGGACAGCACCAAGCAGGACUUCCUCACGAACUACGACCUGCAGGACAAGCUCAUUGUGCUGUGCAGGUGUCUCCUCUCUACCACUCUGGUGUUUGCCUGCCCCAUCAACAUGUUCCCCGCCGUUCAGGCCUUGUUCAACGUACUGGAGUCCCUCAGGGGCAAGCAACCAGACGCAGAGAGGCUCUAUGACAUGCACCAGGUGCGCGUGGCGGUAACCACCUUGGCCUUCGCCCUGACCUUGGGCGUGGCUUUGAAGUCGCCGCAUGUGGCCGACCUGAUCUCCAGCAUCAGCGCCUACUUCUCCUCCCCGCUGAUGUUCGCCUUCCCGGCGGUGAUGCAUUGGAAGAUCCUGCGGCGCCAGACCAUGGCGCUGCCGCUGGGCCUCCUGGCCAUUACCGCGGCACUCUGGCUCGCUGAGCUCUCCUCAGCGCUCUUCUGA